UGAUCCCAAAAGGCUGAGCAAGCCUCACCAAGAUGAAGCUGCCAGGCCAGGAGGAGUUUGAUGUCUCCAGUGCUUAUGAAAAUGUGCCCACAGGAGAGCUGGUCAGUGGUCCUGGCUCUGGCCCCAGCUCUGAUGGCUCCUCAGACACUGACAGCAGGGAACUGGGGGUACCCAAGGACCCUCUGCUCUUCAUUCAGCUGAAUGAGCUGCUGGGCUGGCCCGAGGCGCUAAAAUGGAGAGAGACAGGCAGGUGGGUGCUGUUUGAAGAGAAGCUGGAGGUGGGCGCGGGCAGGUGGAGUGCCCCCCAUGUGCCCACCCUGGCACUGCCCAGCCUGCAGCAGCUCCGCAGUCUACUGGCCGAGGGCCUGGUCCUGCUGGACUGCCCAGCUCAGAGCCUCCUGGAGCUCGUGGAGCAGGUGACCAGACUGGAGUCGCUGAGCCUGGAGCUGAGAGGGCAGCUACAGUCCUUGUUGCUGCAGAGACCUCAGCACCUCAUCCAGACCACAAGCACCAGGCCCUGUUGGAGGUCUGCCGAUCCAAGACAGGCUUUUCACGAUGAGGAAGCCCCCCUGAAGGAACAGUGUCAGAACCCCCUGAGACAGAAGCUGCCUCCAGGGGCUGAGGCGGGGGCUGUACUGGCAGGAGAGCUGGGCUUCCUGGCACAGCCAUUGGGGGCCUUUGUGCGGCUGCAGGAUCCAGUGGUGCUGGGGUCCCUUAUUGAGGUGCCCCUUCCCAGCAGAUUUUUCUGCCUCUUCCUUGGUCCCCCCACACUGGGAAGGAGCUACCAUGAAAUGGGCCGGGCAGUGGCCAUCCUCCUCAGUGACCCGCAAUUUCAGUGGUCAGCUCGUCGGGCCAGCAACCUUCACGACCUUCUGGCAGCCCUGGAUGCUUUCCUAGAGGACGUGAUAGUGCUCCCUCCACAUCGGUGGGACCCGACAGCCCGGAUGCCCCCGCCUAAAUGUCUGCCCUCGCAGCAUAAAAGGCUUCCCUCGCAAAUGCGGGAGGUCAAGGACCUUUCAGCCCGGCGUGGGGCUCCGGCUGAGGACAAGCACGGCCACCCGCCGCACGCGCCCAGCCCGGAGUUGCGGCGGACCGGCAGGCUGUUUGGGGGCCUUGUCCAGGACGUGCGCCGGAAGGCCUCGUGGUACCCCAGCGACUUCUUGGACGCCCUGCACCCCCAGUGCUUCUCGGCUGUGCUCUACAUUUACCUGGCCACCAUCACUAACGCCAUCACUUUCGGGGGGCUGCUGGGAGAAGCCACCGACGGUGCUCAGGGGGUGCUGGAAAGUUUCCUGGGCACGGCAGUGGCUGGAGCUGCCUUCUGCCUGAUGGCCGGCCAGCCCCUCACCAUCCUCAGCAGCACAGGACCAGUGCUGGUUUUUGAACGCCUGCUCUUCUCCUUCAGCAGAGAUUACAGCCUGGACUACCUGCCCUUCCGCCUGUGGGUGGGCAUCUGGGUAGCCACCUUUUGCCUGGUGCUGGUGGCCACGGAGGCCAGCGUGCUGGUACGCUACUUUACCCGCUUCACCGAAGAAGGCUUCUGUGCCCUGAUCAGCCUCAUCUUCAUCUACGAUGCCGUGAGCAAAAUGCUGAGCUUGACCCGUGCCUAUCCCAUCCAGGGGCCUGGCUCUCCCGCCUAUGGAUGCUUCUGCCAGUACCCAGACUCUGGAGGAAAUGAGUCUCAGUGGAUAAGGACAAAGCCAAAAGACAGCGAUGACAUCAUAAGCAUGGACCUAGGCCUGGUCAAUGCAUCCCUGCUACCUCCACCUGAGUGUGCCCGGCGGGGAGGCCGCCCACGUGGCCCGGGCUGUCACACAGUCCCAGACAUCGCCCUCUUCUCCCUCCUCCUCUUCCUCACCUCUUUCCUCUUUGCCAUGGCCCUGAAGCAUGUAAAGACAAGCCGCUUCUUCCCCUCCAUGAUGCGCAAGGUGCUCAGCGACUUCUCCUCAGUCCUGGCCAUCCUGCUGGGCUGUGGCCUUGAUGCCUUCCUGGGCCUAGCCACGCCGAAGCUCAUGGUGCCAAGAGAAUUCAAGCCCACACUCCCUGGGCGUGGCUGGCUGGUGUCACCUUUUGGAGCCAACCCCUGGUGGCUGAGUGUGGCAGCCGCCCUGCCUGCCCUGCUGCUGUCUAUCCUCAUCUUCAUGGACCAGCAGAUCACAGCAGUCAUUCUCAACCGUAUCGAAUACAGACUGAGGAAGGGAGCUGGCUUCCACCUGGACCUCUUCUGUGUGGCGAUGCUGAUGUUGCUCACAUCAGUGCUUGGGCUGCCCUGGUAUGUCUCAACCACUGUCAUCUCCCUGGCCCACAUGGACAGCCUUCGGAGAGAGAGCAGAGCCUGUGCCCCAGGGGAGGCCCCCAGCUUCCUUGGCAUCAGGUGAGGCCAAUGUUCAGGAGGCUGGUGUGAGAGGUGGGCAGCAAGGCAAGGUAACGGGAACAAUGCAGUUAUUUGGGCAGCUUAAAUUCUAAGCUGGUGACUCUCACUGCUCCAUGAUUACUGCCGUGGGCUGAAUGGGUGGGCUCCGGGCUCUGAGAUGGGUGUGUCAGAUCGUCCCUUUCAUCCCUCAGCCAUGGGACUGGGAGGGCCCUGGAGAAGAGUAUCAUUGAAGCAAAGGCGGAGGCAGCCAGAGUUGAGGAGGGUGGGGUGCCACCUAGUAAUCCCCGCUCAGUGUAGAAGCACCUCAUUGAUGUUACAAAGUAACCAUCACAAAAAUAAUUCCAUAACACAAACUGUCCAAAGUAUGUGAAAUCAACUUUGUAAGCUGUGACAUGAAAGUCUUUAUGGCAGUGUAAAAAUUGCUAAUUUUCCAACAAAAUA